AGGUCCGCCAUGGCCACGGUUAGAGGCUGCACACCCCAUCGCGGGUGCUCCCGAAUGCAGAGACCACAUCUCAGCAAGAUGGAACGGGUGGUCGUGAGUAUGCAGGACCCUGACCAGGGCGUGAAGAUGCGGAGCCAGCGCCUUCUGAUCACCGUCAUUCCCCACGCGGUGGCGGGCAGAGACAUCGUGGAAUGGCUGGUCCAGAAGUUCUGCAUCUCGGAGGAGGAAGCCCUGCACCUGGGCACACUCCUGACACAGCACGGCUACAUCUACCCACUGCGUGAGUCCCGAGACCUGACGCUCAGGCCGGACGAGACCCCCUACAGGUUCCAGACACCCUACUUUUGGACAAGCACUCUGUGGCCAGCUGCUGAACUGGACUAUGCCAUCUACCUGGCUAAGAAGAACAUCCAAAAACAAGGGGCCUUGGUGGACUAUGAGAAGGAACAUUACACCCUGCUGCACAAGAAGAUCAACCAUGCGUGGGAUCUAGUAUUGAUGCAGGCUCGAGAGCAGCUGCGGGCUGCUAAGCAGCGCAGGAAGGGAGACAGGCUGGUCAUUUCGUGUCAGGAGCAGACAUACUGGCUGGUGAACAAACCCCCUCCUGGGGCACCUAAUGUUCUGGAGCAGGGUCCUGAGAGGGGUUCUGAUAACCCCAGUCAAGUGCAGAUGAGCUCGGAUUUCUAUAAGUGUGAGAUCGAGUGCUUCAGGAAGGCGCUGAGCAGGAACCGGGUGAAGUCCUCUGUCUGCCUCGAGGCGUACCUGAAGUUCAGCAGCCAGCAUGGGCCGCACGAUCCCAUCCUGUCAGGGUGCCUGCCCAGCAACCCCUGGAUCACAGACGAUGUCACCUACUGGGUCAUGAAUGCGCCCAAUGUGGCUGCCCCGACAAAGCUCCGCGUCGAGCGAUGGAGCUUCAGCUUCCGGGAGCUCCUGGAUGACCCCGUGGGGCGUAUCCACUUCAUGGACUUUCUGCAGAAGGAAUUCAGUGCGGAAAACCUCAGCUUCUGGGAGGCGUGUGAGGAGCUGCGCUUUGGCGGACAGGCCCAGGUCCCCACCCUGGUGGACUCUGUUUACCAGCAGUUCCUGGCCCCUGGAGCUGCCCGCUGGAUCAACAUUGACAGCAGAACAAUGGAGUGGACCCUGGAGGGGCUGCGCCAGCCACACCGCUAUGUCCUAGAUGCAGCACAACUGCACAUCUACAUGCUCAUGAAGAAGGACUCCUAUCCAAGGUUCCUAAAGUCUGAUAUCUACAGAGGGCUGCUGGAGGAAGCUGUGAUUCCGCUGGAGACCAAGCGCUGGCCAUUCCCAUUCUUGCGGAAGCCUCUGCACUCAAGUCCCAGCCCUGCUCUCCAGUCGACCUCUGGGGAGCCUGCAGCUACCAGCUCCCCUGCAGGUGGCAAUGAGGAGGACUAAGUGGCUCUUGCUGCACAUGUCACCUUAUCAUCACCUGCCUGACACCCUGUGGGGUCAUGUUCUCCUCACUGAGAUACUCCCAGCACUGGUGUCUCCCUGUAGAGGGCCCAGCCUUGCUACGAGGCCCUUUAGCCUCCACUAAGUAAGCCCUCUCCUUCCCAGAAGGGACUGGCCCAGCUGAUUCCUAGGGCAAGAUUUCAUUGGCUGAUCCUUGCCAGGACAGAACUUGUUCUAGGAAGUAAAAUCAAGGUCCUCAGUUCCUGGUAUUCUGUAGUCUUCAAUUCAGGACUAGGAGGCCAUCUCAACCUUAGAAAGUUGUCAGUGACACAUGCGGAAGUGUUGUUUCUGGCCAUGCCAUCCUAUUCAGGAGGACUCCUCCCCUGUGUAACCUACUCCUUAGGCUAAACCCAGUGACUUCUCAGUAGACUAUGUGUGCAGAUGCCGUUUUACUGCCAUACAUGGCAUCUCGUCCACCUGCCUUCUGACCAGAUGUGUAGAAAGGCCACUCCACAGUGGUGUCCUGACUGUAGGGCUCCCAGAUCUCUUAGCAAGUCUUUGUCAAGCUGGCAGCCGUAGCAUCCAGGCUUCCUGUCUAGGUUGUCCUGUGCCACCAGCAUUGCCACCCCCACCCCAGAGGUAGAAAUAGAGACGGCACCUCCUUCUGCUAUGCAGCUCCCGGCAGGGCUAUUCUCUAGUCUCCCUCACAACCCAUUCCUACAGAAAUGAAAGUUUCAGGCCCUGGCA